UUUUUUUUUUUUUUUUCUGGGUGUAACCCUGUACACAUUUAUUCACACUCAGUUUCAUUAUUCUAAGAAAGUAUCAAACCAGCUUGCAAAACAAUAACUGAGUAUGUGUGGUACAGAAAGAGCUGGAAUGAUUGUGGUGGUUAAAUAUCAUGGAUGAAUAGCUUGCUUUCAUUUGUCAGCAACCUUUGUAGUGGCAGGCUUCCGGUGGGCAGACAAGUUCCUCAGUUCCAUGACCAGAUGACCAAGGAGAAUUCUUACAUCUUGCAUUUGUCUGAGAAGGCGGUUUAUCCGGUAAGUAAGGUAGGGGUCUGAGAAGGAGAAUACUGGCUGCUCAUCAGAAGGAGUGGGUAAUAAAGGCAGAGGACCAGGAGCUUUUGCAGGAGGAGGGGUUUCUGGAGUAGCUGGUUUCUGAAGAGAUUGCUCCUCCAUAUUCGCGCUCGUCCAAAAAGCCCCCCAUUCCUGUUUUAAACCCGCUGAGGCGGCUCGUCUUCAGAGGAAUCUUUCUGGAGACAUUUGACAGCAGUGGACACUCACUAAGGCUAAUCAUCUCCAGAAAUAACUUAUCAAAACAACUGCCUUUUCCCAAGGGCCCUGCCUGACUCCCAGGCUUUCACUUUGCCUAGAGGCUGUAUCCUGGGAAACGGGUAUACAUCAGAACUCUGGAGCACAGGAGGAGAUGGGGAGAGAGGCAGGGCUCAGUUCCGGGUCAUGGUAUGUAUGUUGGGGCCACAGCUCUGCUUUUCAGAUUGUGUUUAUUUUAUUUUUAAAGAUGUAUUUAUUAUAUAUGAGUACACUGUAGCCGUCUUCAGACACACCAGAAGAGGGCAUCGGAUCCCAUUACAGAUGGUUGUGAGCCACCAUGUGGUUGCUGGGAAUUGAACUCAGGACCUCUGGAAGAGCAGUCAGUUAACCGCUGAGCCAUCUCUCCAGCCCUUGGUUUGGUUUUGUUUUGUUUUUAAGUAACUUAUUUUUGCUUUAUGUCCAUUGGUGUGAGGGUGUCAGAUCACCUAGGACUGGAGGUACAAACAGUUGUGAGCUGCCAUGUGGGUACUGGAGACUGACCGAGUCCUCUAGGAGAAGCAGCCAGUGCUCUGAGCCGUCAGUCUUGUUAGCUCCAGUUUGUUAUUUUCAAGGAGGAGUGUCUGAGACUACUCAGGUUGCUCUAAAACUCAUUAUGUAAUCCAGACUUGGCCUCAGAUUUGUGCUUCUCUUGCCUCUCUUCCUGAGUGCUAGGGUUCCAUGUGUGCAUCAUCAGGCCUGCCUAAACAAAGGGGUUUUGAUUUCACGUAUGCAGAGAGAAUGAAGGGUGGCGCAGCUUUGGAGCACACGCGCACAUGCACACGCGCGCGCACGCACACGGGAAUCCUGACGAGUCAAUUCUUUCAGAUCUAGACUGACAAUUACUAUAAACUGGAUGGAGAUGCAUUGCUCCCAGCUUAUAGUCUGCAAUCCUGCAGCCAUCCUGGCUCCUUAAGCGGAGGUUUCCAGAGAAAGUAGAGUUGAUUCAAAAAGUCUUUCCUGAUAAAUACUGCUGGCUCCUCCCUGGCAGCUCGUUAUCACUGAGGCCCUAUUACAGAGGUUUCUCCACUUACCCUAAGCUUAAGAAUCACCUUGGAUGGGGGUUGGGGAUUUAGCUCAGUGGUAGAGCCCUUGCCUAGGAAGCGCAAGGCCCUGGGUUCAGUCCCCAGCUCCGGGGAAAAAAAAAGAACAACAACAAGAAAAAAAUCACCUUGGAUGGUUUAAAAGGCAGAAAACCCUGGGUUCGGUUCCCAGCUCCGAAAAAAAAGAACAAAAAAAAAAAAUCACCUUGGAUGGUUUAAAGGGCAGAGAACCCUGGGUUUGGUCCCCAGCUCCAAAAAAAAAGAAAAAAAAGGCAGAAAAGCCUGCCCCACGUUAGAUUCAUUACACUGGAAACUGACCCAGCUGCCUUUCCUUGAGUGGGGCCAAUUAUAAGUGCAUUAUUCACUUAAACAUUCUUUUUUGAUUUAGGUUCUUACUCUAUAGCCUCAGCUGAUCCAAAAUUAUGUAGACCAGACUAUUCUUGAACUCACUAAGUGCAGAGGAUGGUCAUGAACUUCUGAGUCUCCCGUUUUUGUCUCCUGAGGUUACAGACUUGUACAGUUUAUGGGGGUGUUGGGAACCAAACCCAUGGCCUCACACAUGCAAGGCAGGCACACCACCAAUUGAACCACAUCCCCAGAACCAGAAAACAGACUUGCAAAAAAAAGUUGUAGUGCUGUGCCUAACUCACUUCAGGGAAAAAAAUUACUAUGUAAAACAUGCCUAUGAACCCAUAGGCAAAUGGCAGGAAAAUAUACAAAUCACCCAACAUUUGCCCCACCUGCUAGCUCCAUUUCUUUGAGGCAAACAAUUUCUUGUGCAUCUUUUGUGAACUAAUUUGUACCUUAAAUAGUCUGGGCACCGCAAGGAUUGAACCCAGGGUCCUGGGCAUGCUAAGCUUUGUCCCAGCACUAAAACCUCCAUUUUCUCCUCCAAGCAUUGGUUAAUUCCUGUACCGAGGCUUUCAUCCCUCUGGAGAAACAUACACCUAUCUUGUGACAGGCAGUGUACUGGCUUCUUAGACUAGCUGUAUGACCCAGGACUGUUUAAGGAGCCCACCAAGUUUAUGCCAUGUGAGAGGAAAAGGCUCUCCAAGUGGGCCUUUCCUGGCAGGCCCUAAGUAGGAGCUGCGAAGGGCAGGCAGUGCUGCAGAUAAAGAGCCUGAGAACUGUGGGCCUUUCAUCUUCUGUCAUCAGCUGUGGCACCUGGCAGACAUUGGAUACCACAGCCAUCAGACAAAGACCUGGUCAUUCAAGCCAUUGCUUGGCCUCUCUGCCCAGACUUGUCCUGGAGAAACUGUAGGCUCUGGUUUCUUUAGGAGGCCCUGUGUGGAAACGUCUUUUGUCUUUGUGGUGCCAGGAAUACCAUCAUGUGCUCAUUGGCUAGGUGAGCCUGGCGCCUUGGUGGGGAUAGUGAUGCUCCCUAGACACAGCGGGGCAGGGCAGGCAAGUGCCCAGUUCCUGGCUGGGCUGAGGCCAGAUGGGUCCUUUCAGACCUCUCCCUUUACUUCAAAGUUGUUUCAUUCUAGCGACCUUAUCACAGCCUUCUGUGAGCUGCCCAUACAGCAUAGUCUGUUCAGGUUGGGCUGACUGUCCUGGUUCACUACUGGAUGGAUUCCCAGCGCGGGCCUCACAGGCCUCACACACAGGCAGAGAGCAUGAUUACCCGAAGAAUAUACCCUCCAUUCCACAUCCCUGUUUUCUCUCUCCAGGCUUGGCGCUUCACUCCAACAAUGGCUAUUUGGGGUGUGAAAGCCUCUUCAAAGUUCAAAGGUAGGAAAUAAAGGUUAAGAUUAUCCAACAAGGUGGUGCCUGCCUCCCAGCGCUGAGCUAUUGGAAACACAGAUCUGAAUUUAAAGCCAGCCUGGUCUAAAUAGCGAGUUCCAAACCUGGUUUAUCUAGUAAGACCCUGUUUCAAAACAAAACAAAACAAAACAAAAAGAGUAUAAGGCGAGUAUAUGUGGUGAAAAAAAAAAGCCGGUAAUCUCACGAGUUUUAGACCAACCUGGUCUACGCAAUGAAUUUGCAGUCACUCUGUGCCAAACGAGACCCCGUCUUAAAAUGCAAAGAAAAUAAAAACUAAGCAGGUGCACCAAGUCAGGAGUAUUUAGAGACACCUUGACUCAACAUCCGUAAUUUUUUAAAGCUCAGUUAUCAGUGGAGUAAGGUUCAAGUCCUUAAUUCCAGGUCGGAAAAAAAAAAAAAAAACCAAACAAACCAAAAACCCUUAUUUCCUUGGGUUAUUAGGAGAGUAACAGUGGUCAGGCUGAGGUGACUCCUUUAAAGCACACCCACCCACAACCGGUUUUGCGGUUUGUUCUUUCCAGGCUUUUCAGGACUGGGGUCUUUCAAGCAGUUUAAGACAGCCUCUGCCUGAAAGACCCUUCGGGUCGCGAUGGUUCCCCAGCCGGUGCCGGCGUCCGCACGGAAGGAGAGCACGGCGUUGUUCAGGACGGCGGAGUAAAGUGGAAGUCCCCCUCCUGCUCAGCCACCCUUCCACCCAUCGCCGCUCAGCACCUCUCCAGGAGACCUCUGCGGCGCCCAGAACCUGCCACCCGCCUUCCGCAUGCCGUCAGGCACUCUCAACGGCCAGCCCGGCCGGCUGUGUGACGUCACGAACUCGGGGUCCUCGGUGCCCUCUUCCCGCUCCUAUAAAAGCUGACGCCGCGCGGCGCUGCUGUAGUGGCCUUGUUCUCGAGACUUCUAUUCGGUUGUGAACUCUGUUCGGCAGCCUCAGGCCUGCGGUCUUGAGACCGAGCACGAUGCCUACGAUAAAGUUGCAGAGUUCUGAUGGAGAGAUAUUUGAAGUUGAUGUAGAAAUUGCCAAACAAUCUGUGACCAUUAAGACCAUGCUGGAAGAUUUGGGAAUGGAUGAUGAGGGAGAUGAUGAUCCUGUUCCUUUACCAAAUGUUAAUGCAGCAAUUCUAAAAAAGGUCAUUCAGUGGUGCACCCACCACAAGGAUGACCCUCCUCCUCCUGAGGAUGAUGAGAACAAAGAGAAGCGGACAGAUGAUAUUCCUGUUUGGGACCAAGAAUUCCUGAAAGUUGACCAAGGAACACUUUUUGAACUUAUUCUGGCUGCAAACUACUUAGACAUCAAAGGUUUGCUUGAUGUCACCUGCAAGACUGUGGCUAAUAUGAUUAAGGGGAAAACGCCUGAGGAGAUUCGUAAAACCUUCAAUAUCAAAAAUGACUUUACUGAAGAGGAGGAGGCCCAGGUAGGUAGCACACAGCCUGUCUUUGAUUACUUUUUAAAAAGAAACUGGAAUGCAAUACCAAGACAAGAAAAAAAAGACCAUCAUAAAGUCUUGGGCUAGUUCUGCAGUUAUUGGGGCACUUACCGAGAAUGCCUUUGAAGUUCCAUGAUAACAGGGGGGCAUGAUGGCAAAUGCCUUUUAUCCCAGUACUUGGGAAGCCGAGAUAGACUGAGUUCCAAGGGCAUCCAAGGCUACACAGAGAAACCUAUCUCAGAGAGCAAAAGAACCAGUAACAACAAAAGUCUUGACACAGAGGCAUCAUGGUCAUCUCUGUCUCCUGUGGUCUAUCUCUAGAUCUAAGCCCUUAGGUGAGAGAGAUCUUGAAGACUUUAAUUUUAAUUCAUGAGUGUGAGCAUGGUGCCUAGAAAUUGGAGUUAUAGGUGGUUGUGAGCUGUGGGUGGGGGUGGGAUAGGAAUUAAGCCUUCGAAGAUAACAGCCUUAACAGUGUGAUGCUGUUCUUUUUUUAAACAUAAGAAAAAUUUUGAACUGAAGGGGUUCUUCAUUAUCAGAUUCUUUUUUUUUUAACCUGUGAUAUUUUUAUAGGACAUAAACUGUUGGUUUUAGAGCUCAGGGCCUGAUAGUACAAGAGUGGAUGGGUUGGGUUUGCUUGCCAGCUUAGAAGUAGGGCUAGAGCUCUCAGUUGCAUCUGCUGUUCACUGUUAAAGUUAGUCAUCAAGUCUGUUUUUACUUAGCCUAGUAUUUCCCCAG